AUGCAAGAAACACGCGUUUCACUCAUUUCAAUAGAGAAAGCAUUUAAGAAAAAGAAAAACAGAGAUGAAGAAAGCAGAGCUGAUAUUCAUUCCUCUACCGGAGACAGGCCACCUUCUGUCGACGAUAGAGUUCGGAAAACGUCUGCUCACUCUUGACCAUCGAAUCUCCAUGAUUACAAUCCUCUCCAUGAAUCUCCCAUACGCUCCUCACGCCGACGCUUCUAUUGCAUCUCUCACAACCUCCGAGCCUGGAAUCCGACUCAUCAGCCUUCCGGAGAUCCACGAUCCACCUCCUCUCAAUCUUCACACUUCCUCCGAAACAUACAUCCUCGAAUUCGUCGAUAAAAACAUACCAACUCUCACAAAAACCAUCCACGACUUAGUCUCAUCAUCAUCAUCUUCCGGGGAUACUCGUGUCGCCGGUUUGAUUCUUGAUUUCUUCUGCGUCAGUUUGAUCGAUAUAGGUCAUGAGGUAAACCUUCCUUCGUAUAUCUUCAUGACUUCCAACUUCGGUUUCUUAGGGGUUCUACAAUAUCUCCCCGAACGACAUCGUUUGACUCCGUCGAAGUUCGAUGAAAGCUUCCACGAUGAAGAGUUACAUAUUUCUGCUUUCGUGAACCGUGUUCCAGCCAAGAUUCUGCCGCCUGGUGUGUUCGAUAAACUCUCUUACGGUUCUCUAGUCAAAAUUGGCGUUCCAUUGCAUGAAGCAAAGGCUAUUUUAAUCAAUUCGUUUAUGGAGGUCGAACCUUACGCUGCUGAACAUUUUUCUCGAGGGCGAGAUUACCCUCACGUGUAUCCUGUUGGACCGGUUAUUAACUUAACAGGCCGUACAAAUCCGGGUCUUGCUUCGGCCCAAUACGAAGAGAUAAUGAGUUGGCUUGAUGACCAACCGGACUCGUCGGUUUUGUUCUUGUGUUUUGGGAGCAUGGGAGUCUUCCCUGCACCUCAGAUCACAGAGAUUGCUAACGCGCUUGAGCUCGGUGAGGUAAGGUUCAUCUGGGCGAUCCGUACGAACAUUUUGGGAGAUGGCGAUCCUCGUGAGCUGAUUCCAGAAGGAUUCGUUGAUCGAACAAAGGGCCGUGGAAUUGUAUGUAGUUGGGCUCCACAAGUUGAUAUCUUGGCUCACAAGGCAACAGGUGGAUUCGUGUCUCACUGUGGGUGGAAUUCUGUGCAGGAGAGCCUAUGGUACGGCGUACCAAUUGCCACGUGGCCUAUGUAUGCGGAGCAACAGCUGAACGCGUUCGAGAUGGUGAAGGAACUGGGCUUAGCCGUGGAGAUAAGGCUUGAUUACGUGGCUGACGGUGAUAGGGUUACAACGGAGAUCGUAUCCGCCGAUGAAAUAGCCACAGUCAUCCGAUCUUUGAUGGAUGGAGAUAAUCCAGUGAGAAAGAAGGUUAAAAAGAUAUCAACAGCGGCGAGGAAAGCUGUUGGUGACGGUGGAUCUUCUAUGGUGGCCACCGGAAUUUUUAUUAGAGAUGUUCUUGGGGAUCACUUUUGAUAAUCUCUCUCAGAGCCAAAGUUGGAUUAUGUAAUAAUAAAUAAAUAAUGCUAUGAAUUUUAUUGUGUACAAGUAGUAUAAUAAAAGCAUCCAAGACACAUACAAGAUACAUGGCCGUGUUCCUCCUAUAUUUAAGUAAACUCAUGUUAUGAU